UUUCGAAUAAUCGGACUGUUUCUAACACGAGAACAGUUUGUAAAGUUAUGGAUGAAAAGAUCCGAGUUUUCAUUAUAAUAACUUUUUACGAGUGUCACUAGAUUGUUUGUUUCAUAAAAAGGUCAAACAAUUUAUAGUUUUCGAUAACUUUGUAUGAAUGCGAAAAGAUUUCAAAAUAGCUUUACCUCUGUUAUUUUAGCAACCAAAAACAUGGCCGACAGUGAGAAGGUUUUGAAACAGCUCUUAAGCAAUAGAAGAAUAAGGAAAGAUAAAGAUGUAGAAGAGCUUUACCUUUCUGACAAAAGUCUAACAGAAGUAUGUGAUCUGCAGCGUUUUCAUUAUUUAAGAUGUUUAUGGCUCAAUGGUAAUAAGCUACGGCAACUCAAUUGUCUGAGUGAGAACUACCAGCUGUCCGAGCUAUACCUUCACAACAAUGAGCUGGUUGAUAUCACCGGGGCUCUCCGCCACUUGACAUGUCUGCAGGUCCUCAUGCUGCAUAACAACCAGCUCACAAAGCUUGAUCGGAUCCUCACUGAGAUUAACAAGAUGCAGAGCUUGAAGACACUUAAUUUAUUCAACAAUCCAGUGGCUCAAGAGAGUGGAUACCGGCUGUUUGUGGUUUACUCUGUUCCAUCUGUGGAGCUCUUGGAUAGAAAAGAGGUCUUAAAGUUGGAACGUGAUAAGGCUAGGAAGAUAUAUAAUCAAGAACAAGAGAAGAUCCGCGACACCAUUGCCUUUGGUCGUAGAUCAGAUGGUCCUCCAUUGCCGAUCUAUAAUCCUCUUGACAUCCACAUCCCAGUCAGAGCAGAUCCUGGAGAUAUUGGUAACAGCUACUUGAGAGAUUGCGUUCCUAAUGAAGACCCAGAAGAGGCAGUAAAUGCACGCCGCCUAAACAAGUCCAUUGCAGUUUACACAAGCUUUGACUGGUCAAAGGUUCCCCGCAUUAAAGCUCGAAGGACAGCUGAAGAGAUGUUUGACUCUCCAGAGAUCAUCACACAUGUGUAUCGAUGAAAUAAGGUCAUGAUGUGAGAUACAGAAUAGCAAUACUGCUACAUUGCUGCAGUGUAUACCUUCACUCACUUGCAAUACUACCAGCAGUUUUCUGUCACACAGUUUUGGUGUCUCUUCCAAAAGUCCAACUGAAUGUAACAUUCAACAGUUGCAAUUUCAAUUUACAAUGAUUGAAUCGAGACAACUCAGCUAUAAUAUUCAAGAUCUUGGUACUCUUCAAUUUAGUUAAUAUAACUGUCAGAUCUUACUAUGAUUUGUGCAUUUUUACUGACAGCCAGUUGGGGGAUUUCUCUUUACAAAAUCAAAAGAGUCUUAAAAAUCAACAAAAAUAUUUUUCAGAAUCACUGAAAACAAUGUCCAGUAUUAUCUUCCGUGGUUGUGCAUUUAAUGCAGUGAUUAAUUGGGUUAUUUCCUUUUAUGAUUCAGUGUUGAUCAUGGUUAUCGUCUCCUGUUAGUUAUCAUGACUAGGUGAUUUCAGUAUGUUUUGAAGUGUUACUAUUUUGAGUUUGUUACAAGUGAACUUUAACGUUCAUCUCCAUUAAACAUUACAUAACAUGGGCUACUUCACCAAAUUAAAUGCUAGCCAGUAUUACAGUUUUCCAGUAUCUGUUUCACAGUAUUAUUAAAAGAAAGCCAGUAUUGGAUUACUCUAGCCAUUGCAUGUGAUAUAUUUUUCAUAAAUGUAUGUUUGAUAUUUGCAUGAUUAUUCUUAUUUAGACUGAAGUCUACAUAAUCAGUAUUAACAUUGAUGUGAUUUGAUGCUGUAACAAAUCAGUUCCUACUAACAGUAUUUAACAGUAUUGUUUUCAGUAGUCAUUGAUAAUUCUGACCAUUUAUAUGCUCUAUAUUCUUUCAAGAGCAUUUCUUAUAACAUAUGAAUUUUAUAUAUACUGAAUUUGCAAUACAAUUAACAUAUAAAUAUCUAUAUAUUUAGAAUCACCGCUUCUAAAAAUGCAUUUUGUUCCUACCAUUUCUACAUGGAUCUUGUUUAUAUAUUUUACACAUAGCAUUUCUGUAAUAAAAUAUGGCUUGCAACAUGCCUUCUGAAUCUUUUUGCAGUGAUGUUUCAACACAUUUCAGGACAAAAGAAAGAAGA